UUCUGCAGAAAAGGGGGGCUUGUUCCUCGCAGAUCGCCCUUCCAUUUUAACCAGGGGUGUGAGUGCGAACAAGGGGCUGACAUUGGAGCCUGCGAUGGGAGUAGAGGAGGGGAGACGGGAGUCGCCAGUCCUGCACUACCGAACACUGAAGCAACAUCACCCGCUCUGAACGCACGGGACGCGCACGUUAUCCACCACGCAAAAGCCAGAUAUAAACUCUCUACAACAGGAUACACUGGAUGAUAGCGAUUGAGGAUUCUCUGAAGGAAUUACAAAGAGAUAGCAAUCUGCAGCAAAUUAACUGUCAUCUUCAUUGGCUUCGGAUGACCUUGCAUUUGUAUCCUUAUUAUUAGAACACUCAUCCAGCGCUUUCUUUGCCAAAACUUGAAUGCACCUCUCUUCUAAGUAAGUGCACUUAAACGUUGCUAAUCGAGAGGGCCGCCUGACAGAUAGACAGUUAUUAUCAAUAAUCAUUUAUCAUUCAUCAUUAUUAUCAAUUAUCAUUGUCACAGUUUCACAUUUUACUGGCAAGGUUGUCGAUCAGUUGUAAGCGUCAGCCUUGCCAAAACAGGCUAUGGACAUUUAUUUGACAUGAAAUGUACCCACAUUUUUACAAAACAAUAAUAGACUUAACCACUUCUUCCACCAUCUUUGGUCGUUUUGGAUUUUAAUGAAGUUUUUGAAGAGCGACGACUUAAUCAAUUGCAACCGACACCAGUGUUUCACACAGCUUACCUUUACCAAAUAACCUCGAUUUUGGAACACUGCAAGCCCUGUGGUCUGUAUUUAUCGAAGGAACAAUCAACACAAUCAACAUGCGACGCCUCCCUUCCCGGUUGAGUUAUCUGUUCCUACACUUCUUCGCAUUCUGUUACUAUGCUCAGCCGAACCAGCGGGAAGCAUGUGCAGGUUCUGCCCAACAAGAAGAUCAACGCCAUGGCAGAAGAUGGAGACAUACACGCCAAACUUGUCGUAGAGACGGACACGUUUGGAAGUCGCGUGCGGAUUAAAGGAGCAGAGACAGGAUUCUACAUCUGCAUGAACAAGAAGGGAAAGCUGAUCGGGAAGAAAAAUGGGCAAGGCCGCGACUGCAUCUUCUCAGAGAUUGUCCUGGAGAAUAACUACACAGCGCUGAGGAACGCACGCUUCGAGGGUUGGUACAUGGCUUUCACCAGACGUGGACGCCCCCGGAAAGGCUCGCAAACACGGCAGCAUCAACGCGAGGUCCAUUUUAUGAAACGACUGCCUCGGGGAUCCAAUCCCACUCACCCGGCCCAGCACAAGGCCUUUGACUUCGUCCAUUACCCCUUCAGCCCCAGGACUAAACGCAUACGCUACUCAGCCGAAGGCUGAGGGGGGCAGAGAGGGUGAGACAGAGGAUAAAAAACAAUGACUGAAGCAAGAAUUAACUCCUUUCCAAAACCUCUAGAGACAUUUGUUUUGUACUGAGCGUUACUAUACCUAACAUGUAGUUUUUCUAUUUUUUUUUCAAAAAGUACAUUUUUUAAAAGAUAAAACCCAAUAACAAAUAUAUUUUUGUACCUGAUACUUUUAGUACUGAUGUGUUGUUUUUAGAUGCACAUAACUCAUCAUCGAACAUUUGGGGUGCUGACAUUUUAGUAAAGCGUGGACUUUGUAUUGUCUCUCUGUAUUUUGGGUUGUGUUUUUGCUUUUGUUUGACUGUUCAGAGUCGUUUGGACUCACACCUGCUGCUCCAAGAGACUUGAAGGGCCCUGAUCGACCGCACUGCCAGAAAAUGCUGCGUUCAGAGACACAUACAGUAGAUACAGUAGAUACACACACACACACACACACACACACACACACACACACACACACACACACACACACACACACACACACACACACACACACACACACACACACACACACACACACACACACACACACACACACACACACAGCAUCGAUGCUGCAUUCAGGAGCGCCAUGUUGAGUAACGUUGUGUUCAGUAUCACACACAGCCACAACACCUCUGUUGAACGCUGUGGUGUGACCUUGCUACUUUGGGAAUUCUAUAGAGACAAACGCUGUUAAAGCUAACAGUGCUUUAGGUACACACAAUGGAAAAUGUGGCAGCUAUAUUGAUAAUCACAGGUUUCCUGCAAUGGUUAUAACUGUAAAUUAGAGGUGUAAAAAUGCAUUGAUAUGUCGGAAACCCCCUUUGUUUUUGUUACCCUGUCUGUUUUUAUACAUAUAUAAAUCUAUUUUUAUUUUAAGGAUGUGUACAAAUAAUUUUAACGAUGGAUUAUUUAUUUAAAAUGUGUAAUAAAUGUACAUUAGAAUACUGAU